UUAAUAUUUCACAGCCACACAGGUACAUUCCAAAGGUCCAUUUUCUAACGAGGUGCCUCGCCAGAUAAGGUUCGUGCUGUUCCAAGCGUUCCUCCACACGUAGCCUGUGACCAGGGUGGUUUGGUUACACUGGAGGGCGCAGUGCUGCAACCUUUCCGUUUCCCUCUCACCGGCAGCGCUCCCACAUCCCGCAUCGCUCCCGUCCCGGUUCCGGUGCGGUGCUGCCCCUGCGCCGCACCAGGAAGCGAGGAUGCGCAGGGGUGUGCGCUGCAUUCACCGCUGCUGCUCCGUACCCCGUACAACUCGGUACCGGAAAACAACACGAUGAAAACGUAGCAAGAAAGGAAAUCUGUUACAAGUGGGAAAGUUCUGCUUCGGCAUGUCCACCUGGGGAGUCGGAAUGCUGCUGGCACUGUGCCUCCUGCGCCAGGCGAGAGGUCGUGGUCAACUCCCCCCUCCUCAAAACGUGACGCUGCUCUCGAAGGAUUUUGACAUGAUUUUAACCUGGGCUCCAGGAGAGGGCUCUCCCCCCGACGUGACAUACACUGUGCGGUAUGAAAGCCAGGAACGCCUGGGCAAAUGGAUGAAGGUUCCUCAUUGCAGAAAUACCCACAGAACCUCUUGCAAUCUGACCUGCAUGCUGCCGAGCUUGUUUGUUAAAGUCCGGGCUCGAGUAAAAGCUGUUUCUGGACAACGGUGGUCACCGUGGGCAGAAUCACAGUUCAAGGAAUACUAUUUGGAUGUGGAACUGGCUCCCCCGGUGCUACACGUGAAUGUCAAGGAGAACAAACUCAAUGUGAAUGCCUCCUUCCCUUUGGCCACCUGUGUGGAGAGCAUCUCUUGGAUGUAUGACUUGAACCUUUGGGAAGCUGGAUCCGAUGACAAGAAGCAGUAUGAAGGCAUCUUUAGGAAGAACACGGUGAGCAUCGAUGCCACUGCCCUUAGAGGCAACUACUGCUUAAGUGCCAGAUCUUCCUUCCAGAACAUCGACUUCAAGCACAGCGACUUCUCCCGACCAGUGUGUGUGCUGCUGAACCACAAAGCAGUGGAAUGGAGGUUCCCAUUUUCUGCCACCAUCCCUGUGCUUAUCCUCCCCAUCUUUCUGACAAGUGCCUUCAUCACCUGCUCGUUGACACAAGACGUUGAGGGAAAGAAGAUGCCUCACGCUCUGGAUUUCUCUCAGUUAAAAGCUGCUGGAGCAGCCUUCCACUGUGAGCUCAGUAAAGAGGAAUUCUUCAGGGACCGUCUCAUCUGCACCGAGAAGCCAAUAUCACAAAGGAAGACAAACAACACUUUAGCAAGAAACAACCUACCAUGGGUGCCUUCUUUCCUAUCAUCAACAUCAUCGUUAUCAUCAUCAUCAUCAUCAUCACUGGAGAAAGAGGAAGAGGAAGAAGACAGCAGCACUUUCACCCCAUACACUGAAAUGCAGUUUCCAAACAGACAUCUCAACUGUCAAGCAUCCAGAACAGCUCAGGGGGAAUCCAGCUUGGACUCCACAUCUAGAGGCCUCUCCAUGGACAGUGAAUCUCUGCUUGACCUAAGUACCUUGGGUUUCUCUUUCUUUCCAAUAGGAAAGAAUGAGGUGGACACCUCAGGAUCCCAAGGGAAUGAGAGGGUGUCCCUUUCUCACAGCUCCUCUUUGGGAAGAAUAUCGCUCACUGAUGUGAGAUUCCCAGGUCCCAGGGAACAGGGAAAGCAGGAUACAGCCAGGGAUGAAUGCCUGGGAAUGGCUCCUCUGCAAACACUGAUGAAGGGCACUUGUUUCAGCCCCCCAGGUGGUGAGCACUGCCUGCACAGGCAGGGUCAUCAUUCCCCUGGGUGUUACCAGCAACCAGCAGCUGACCCACAGGCCCAGCUCAGGGAGGUCUCCUGGCUCAGUGUGGAUCCCAGCAUGGAGCUGCUCGUUUCCUUCCAGACAUUACAGGUGGCAGAAGAUGAAGUCAUUGCAAGUGACUGUGACAGCGAGAGCUUUACGGAGGGGACACCCCCCACCCCCACAGUGCUCAGGGAUGCAUCUGAAACUUCGAAUAUGGAGGAAAAAUACGAUCACAAGUUUAAAUUCAAAGGCUACGAGCACGCACAUUACAUGGGAAGGAGCUAGAGUGCCCCAGCAGCUCUGCGCUGAAGCAGAUGCUGGAGGGCUCCAGGCAGGGAUACCCAAACAAGAGCAAGGACAGACAGAGGUGCUUUUUGUAUUUAUUCACCCAGAGUUUCUGCUGAUGU